UCCCUUCCCUUCUACAUCAGAAAGAAAGAGGGUAAAAAAAAAGAUAAAAAAAGAAGAAGCAAACCUAACCAAAACCAUAAAGCUUUUCUUCCUGUCUAUCCCUCACUUUCCUCUCUUCUCUCCCUUCGCCAAAUCUCCAUUUCAUCCCUCCGUCUUCCUCUAAUUUACAUUCUCUACACUCCAACCUCUCCUUCUCUCUCUCUGAUUAUCUAUUUCUAAUUACAUAUAUAGAUUGUAUCAAUCUGUUAGGGUUCAAUAUCAAACAAAGCUCAAAAUCAAUGGUGUCGGAGGAUGAGUUAGAUAUGCAAGACGCGGCGGCGGAAUCGGCGGAGGAUGAUUUCUACAGCGGCGGAGAAGAAGAUGGAUUCGACAGCGACGAUGCUGACGUCGCCGAUUACGAGUUCAUCGAUAACGACUCGGAUGAUUCCGAUGACCUCAUCUCUCAUCGCUACCAGCAAAACUAUACAAUUUUGAGUGAAGGAGAUAUACGACAGCGACAGGAUGAUGAUAUUAUGAGGAUAGCUACUGUGCUUUCCAUUUCAAAGGUUGCCGCCACUAUACUUCUCCGGUACUAUAACUGGAGUGUGAGUAAAGUGCACGAUGAAUGGUUUGCGGAUGAGGAAAAAGUUCGAAGGGCUGUUGGUUUAUUGGAGGAACCGGUUGUUCCAUUUCCGGAUGGUAGAGAAAUGACUUGCGGGAUUUGUUUUGAAACUUAUCCUUCCGAUAGAUUACGUGCCGUUGUUUGUGGUCAUGCAUUUUGCAAUUCAUGCUGGGCAGGUUACAUCAGCACAGCCAUUAAUGAUGGUCCUGGAUGUUUGAUGUUGCGAUGUCCUGAUCCAUCUUGUAAUGCUGCAGUUGGUCAAGAUAUGAUUAAUGUAUUGACUUCUAAUGAAGACAGUGAUAAAUAUUCUCGUUAUUUCAUAAGAUCUUAUAUUGAGGACAAUAGAAAGACCAAAUGGUGCCCUGCUCCUGGCUGUGAUUAUGCUGUGGAUUUUAUUGUUGGCAGCGGGAGCUAUGAUGUUAUCUGCCGCUGCGCAUACAGCUUUUGCUGGAAUUGUACUGAGGAAGCUCACCGUCCUGUUGAUUGUGGUACUGUGGCCAAGUGGAUACUGAAGAACAGCGCUGAGUCUGAAAAUAUGAACUGGAUAUUGGCUAAUUCCAAGCCUUGCCCAAAGUGCAAGCGACCGAUUGAGAAAAACCAAGGCUGUAUGCAUAUUACAUGCACACCACCUUGCAAAUUUGAGUUUUGUUGGCUUUGCCUUGGUGCAUGGUCAGAUCAUGGAGAGAGGACUGGUGGUUUUUAUGCAUGUAACCGUUAUGAGACUGCAAAGCAAGAGGGAGUGUAUGAUGACGCUGAGAAGCGAAGAGAAAUGGCUAAAAACUCUCUGGAGAGAUACACUCAUUAUUAUGAAAGAUGGGCAACCAACCAAACAUCUCGGCAGAAGGCACUGGCAGACCUACAGCAAAUGCAAAAUGUACAUCUUGAGAAGCUGAGUGACAUACAAUGCCAACCUGAGUCACAGCUGAAGUUCAUAAUAGAGGCCUGGCUACAGAUAGUUGAAUGUAGGAGAGUUCUAAAAUGGACCUAUGCCUAUGGAUACUAUUUGCCUGAGCAUGAACAUGCCAAGAGACUGUUCUUUGAGUAUUUGCAAGGUGAGGCCGAGUCUGGAUUGGAACGACUGCAUCAAUGUGCAGAGAAGGAGCUUCAGAUUUACCUAAAUGCAGAGGGCCCGUCGAAAGAUUUUAAUGAGUUCCGCACUAAACUUGCCGGGUUGACCAGUGUAACUAGGAACUACUUUGAGAAUUUAGUCCGGGCUUUAGAGAAUGGUCUAUCAGAUGUGGAUUCCCAUGGUGCAUGCAGCAGAAUGGCAAGCUCGAAGAGCUUGGGAGGUGGUAGCAGUAGGGCAAGAGCUGGUAGAGGCAAGGGCUCAACAUCUAGGUCAAGUGGCCCUAGUAGAAACAUUGAUGAGCCAGGCCACUGGUCCUGUGAAUAUUGCACCUUUGCAAAUAUCAAGCCGGCCACCAUUUGUGCAAUGUGCCAACAACGUCGGUAAAUCUCAUUUCCUACUAGAUUGGCCACCCGGAUGAGUCAUCAGCUUGGCCUCUUUGCCUGUUCAGUUGUAGCAAGGAAGACACUUAAGAACAUUGCUGGGGAAAGUGCAAAAUGGGCUCUUUUGAUCCCUCGGUCUGCAAAACCUGAACUGCAAAAAUAAAGGAGAACAGAAAUAGGAGGAAAGGGUGGCAAGGGAAAGAAAACACAUCUCGUUGUCUGUCUUGUUUCUGGAAUCAGCUGUAUAUAGUUUCUGUGAUCGUUUCCAUGUUAAGUUAUAAGGGUAUGAUGAAUCAGGAUCCAUGCAAAGUGCAUUCAUCUGUAAUCUUAUGAUCAUAUAUUGAUGAUACUAGUAGCUGUUCUUAGUGCUUUCAAGUGCAUUGUACAAGUAAAAAUCAACUUGGGGACAAUAGGCUUGAAUUGCCCCAGGUAGAAUGAAAUAAAUAUAUGUUGCACCAUUUAUCUGGACUUGGAUCUGCCAGAUAAACAGCCUUAAUGUGUAAUAUUUAUAUGCUUAUAAUAUAUUUUUAACUCUUAA